UUUAGCCAGAAGUUGCACUAGUGCUCGAUCUCGAGUAUCAAGAAGCCCCGUUGUUUCUUUGAAUAAUUGAGGAAGACGGAGGUCGCGGAGGUGUAGGAGCUCGCAACACUUCGAUUUGAUACUUCAAAGCUAAUCUCCUUGGUACCCUUUUCAGUUUAUCCAGAGAUCUCUUAGAAUCAAGAACAAAACACUAUGGGUUGCCAGGGCAGCAAGCAUCGAAAGAUAGAGCCCGUGAGCUCUCCAGAACAAGAGGGCGUUGCGAAGUGCACUGAGGCAGGUGCUGCGGUCGAAGCCUCGCCAAACGCCGACGCAAAACCUAGUACAACUACGAAACCAGGAGCGUUCGUGGUCGAUAAAAGCAAGCCCGGCUUCGAUGAUAUUUUAAGGUGGAUUUACAACUAACUCUCGUCUAUUCAGUCUGCCAGAGACGUUAUCCACGUCGUUAAGCAGUCGGUCUUUUGUAGCUGCCGUGUCUCUAUUCGGGUCACAACUUGAACCAGGCAGUUACUUUGAGCUGCUACGUGGUUCGUAUGAAUGACUGAAUUGACUCAUUCUACUACGGGGAAAUAAUAGAACUUUGAAGAUCUUCUCCUCCUCCUUUUCCUCCAAUCUGUGUUUUCAUUCAGUCAAGCACUGUGAUACGAACUACAACUUCUUUUUAGCUAUCUCUAAGCACUGCAGAAGUCGAGGAUGAGGAUGCAAAAGCCGCAGGCAAAGGGACCGACCGAGGACAUAAGGAGCUCGCGGGAGUCGCCAGCAUAACGACAGCCUCGGAUCCGCCUUUGCCUGGUGCGGUUGGGGAGAGUCGAAGCCCAACCACAACCGAUGACGCAGCUAGUAAGGAUAAGCUAGGAGUGGGUUCAUUGUGUGGAAGUGGAUGUAGGAAUUUCACGUACUUCUCAACAGACGGUCUCAUACUUUUAUAUCAUGAACUACUUUGUACUAUGCAUCCUUAACCUUUUGAUCUUUCUCCUCCUGAAGACCUCAUUUCUAAGAAGGGACGAAGCAACCGCAGCUGGCGGUGGGGCGUCAGGAUUGCCGAGUCUCGCUCCACCCGCAGGAGCCUCGGUUUCCGCAUCAAAGGAGGCUGAACCAAGCGCGCCCGAGCCAAGUAAAGAACCUAGUGUUAAGCAAGGCUAUUCUAUCUUUGAUGAGGAGCAGGUGUUUCUCGAGUAGGUACUAGAGUGAAUGCUCUGUAUUCAGUUUUCAGGUUGUCGAGAAAACGAUGAAAGUAGAUAAAAAUAACGAGCUCGAGAGAUCUCUCUAAUACCAAACCAAAAGAAGCUUCCCCAGAGGCCACAGCAGCACCGACCACAGCAGCACCCACAGCAGAGCCACCUGCGCCACUGCAUAAGCCGACAGCAGUGCAUCUGCAUGCGAUAAAAGCCGCCGACGAGGACGACCUGCAGAAGCAAGUGGAAGAGUAAUUUUUUGAUGGAGGUGCUAGCUCAAGAGGAAAAUAAACAUAAUAAACCAGUAGCUACAGUACAACACUUUGAGGUCUUACUUGGUCUAAAAUCUGUAUCUGAAUUCACAAACUACACCACAUCACUCAGGUAUCUGCCACGAGUAGACGAGACACUAGGAAAAUCGUUGGGAAUAAAUGCGUGGGCAGACUUGAAAACGGAAAUGCUCAGGGAUUCAAAUAAGCCAAACGCCAAAGAAAGACCCAUACAAUGGAUGUGGAUUUCGAAAGGUAUUAAUGACUUCGAAAUGGACGUGAAUCUGACUACUAUGCCGUCAUUGAGUCGAACGAUUUCGAUGGAUUCGUUUUUUCGCUAGUACAUUCAUAAAAAUUCCAACAACGCAGUUCUCUAGUACUCUUUAACUACCUCUUUCACCACAUGCACAUCGCAGACGGCGACGCCUCACCCACUGCGGCGACAGCGGACGGGCUGCUAGCUUUCCGAGUUCUUCGUCUGACAUUUUCCAGUGGGAUUGUGAUAAGUCAUUUUAGUAUACCCGGUGGCGUCUGGGAACCAGAGUUGCCAGGGAUUCUUUAUGGUGUCCGGAAGCAGUUGUUCGCAGGGGUUGCGGCAGGUAAUUUGUUUCAGCAAAUUAAAAUUACUUAGACGUAGUUUUGAAUCAUAGGUUUUUUUCGUCGCUCGUAAAAAAACCAACAUCACAUUAUUCCUAGGGCAAGGAGGAAAGAAACAACCCUUACCCAUCUUUUCCGUGUCCCUGCUCAGGCAAUCUGCGGAUAACCCUCAACUACUACGAAGAAGGCGAGAAGUACACCGUAAACAAGCCGUUGGAGAAGGUUUGCAAAGAUUUGGGCUUCCGUUGGUUCCAGCUUACCAACUACAGCAACGGGUCGCGCGGACAAGUGAUGAAUGCAAAACUUAAGGCAACAAAGUAGAUCUAUUUUUCUAUCCCUCCAUGAGGAAGCAGUAACCUAGGCGCUAGUAACACUGAAAAAGCACUGAAAAAUGAGUAAUAUGUGUUCACUAGAAAAAUGAAAAAUAAGAGGAGAGCUGAAAACAAGAAACAUCAGAAGCUUCUUCUCAUAGAGGUGCCACCAUUUUUGAAGGAACUUGGGAAAGGAACUUGUUCUCAUAGAAACUACCACCAUGUUUUUUUGGACGUGAUCCCAAGUCGUCUUGUCUAAUGUCCGUGGUCUCGUCGGACCCGGAGAGAUCGACCAAGGGGAACUGGAUGGCGAGCCUUCAGCGACUGAGGAGCGGUUCGAUCAGGGCUCAAGAAUGGCCACUUGUCCAGUCGAUGAAGUGCCGACUGAAGAAGAAGAAGAGGGUUGAAACCUUGACGUGAACAUUUUUACAUCGUUUUUAAUCUUAGUUCGAACCCUGACUCCGAUUGCUUCUGUACAAUAGAUACCCUGAUCGAUGCGCUUUCAAAAUGAAAAAUUACACACCACGACCUGAUGUUGAUGAACUAACUAUGAGAAUGAACAAUUACCCUUCUGUCGUUGACGAGAAUAGAAGCACUACGCGCCAAUAGUGCAAAAACAAUCAUUUCACAGCCAGACCAGACGUGAAACUAUCUAUUUGGUAGAUCGAAC